CUCUCUCCUCUUCCCCUCCAUCUCUCUUUCUCCACUGCCUCUCUUCCCCUUCGUCUCUCGCUCUCUCCCCCUUCCCAGCCUUCUCCCUCUCUUCCGUCUCUCUCUCUCUCUCCUCUUUGCCCCGCCUCCCUCUCCUUUUGUUCCUCCCUCUCUCUCUCUCUUCUCUCUUUUCUGUCUCUCCCUCUCUUUCUCAGCGCACACUCUCUCUUUCUCUCUCUCUCACAGAAUCAUGGGGGUCUUGUCAGAGUUCUUCUUCUUCGUUCUUUCGCUCUUCAGUCCCGUCUCUGUUCUCGGAUUCGUUUUAUUUCUGCUCGUCGUCUAUUUUAUUUCCUCAAACCCGGCGGAGAAUGAGCCUCCUGGACCUCGACCGCUGCCCGUGUUUGGAAACCUGCUGCAGCUCAACCUCAGAAGCCUGCACACGUCUCUGUGGGAGCUGUCGAAGAAGUACGGCUCUGUGCUCACCGUAUGGAUGGGCCCAAACAAGUGGGUGAUCCUGGUGGGGUACAAGACGGUGAAGGAGGCUCUGGUGACCCACGCCGAGGUGUUUGGAGAAAGAGCAUCGACUGCGCUGAUGAGGGAGACCAGCAACGGACACGGUCUGAUUUGGUCCAACGGAGAGAGAUGGAGGGAUUUACGGCGCUUUGCCAUCACCAACCUGAGAGACUUCGGGAUGGGGAAGAAGGCCUGUGAGGACAAGAUCACAGAGGAGUGUGGACACCUGGUGGACGUCCUGCAGAACUACAACGGAAAAGCGUUUGACACGAUGCAGACUCUGAACUAUUCAGUGUCAAACAUCAUCUGCUCUCUGGUCUACGGCUCACGCUUCCAGUACCAGGACCCUCAGUUCACCACCAUGGUCGACCUAGUCAACAAACGCAUCCAGCUCGCUAGCACCCCUCCCAUGCUGCUUUUCAACAUGUUUCCUUCUUUGGGGCGCUGGAUCAAAAACAGGCAAAAGCUUAAGAAGAUUUUUGACUUCCUGAAAGACCAAAACCGGUCCUUGUUCAAAGGUUUGAGAGAGACGUUAAACCCACAGAUGUGCAGAGGCUUCGUCGACGCCUUCAUGGUCAAACAAAAGGCUGUGCAGGAGUCUGGGGUGACGGACAGUGUGUACAACGAAGAAAACCUGCUGCACUCCGUCCUGUCCCUGUUCGCCGCGGGCACAGAGACCACCUCCACCACCCUCAGAUGGGGGCUUCUCCUCAUGGCCAAAUACCCACACAUCCAGGACCGGGUUCGUGAGGAGAUCUUCAGAGUGAUCGGAAGUCGCCAGGUCCAGACGGAGGACAGAAGAGACAUGCCCUUCACAGACGCCGUGAUCCACGAGACGCAGAGGUUUGGGAACAUUGCUCCAAUGGCCCUGCCCCACAAAACCAGCCAAGACAUCACCUUCCAGGGACACUUCAUCAAAAAGGGCACUCAGGUGUGGCCGCUCCUCACCUCGGUGCUCUACGACGAGAGCGAAUGGGAAAAGCCUCACAGCUUCUAUCCAGAUCACUUCCUCGACAAAGACGGAAAGUUCAGGAAGAGAGACGCCUUCAUGCCCUUCUCUGCAGGUCGUAGGAUUUGUCUGGGAGAGGGUUUGGCUCGGAUGGAGUUGUUCAUCUUCUUUGUGACUCUGAUGCAGCGUUUCCGGUUCACUGCGCCCCCUGGUGUUUCUGAGGAGGAACUGGACCUGACUCCAUCAAAUGGCUUGACUCUGAGUCCUCGCCCACAUCAGCUCUGUGCCGUGUCUCUGGCCUAAACUUCACUUCAUUCUGACAAUUGUUCUGAAUCUUUAUAGAAAAAUCAUUUGUAUACCAUAUUUUUCGGACUAUAAGUCGCUCCGGAGUAUAAGUAGCAUCAGCCAAAAAAUGUGUAAUGAAGAAGAAAAAAACAUACAUAAGUGGCAAUUUUUGAGGGAAAUUUAUUUUGUAAAAUGAGAGAGCAGGAGUAGACAUUUCCUGUGUAAAGUGAAGUUGCAGUAAAAACAACAGCUUCCAGUUCAGACCUGGUUUAGACCUGGUUUAGACCUCGGGUUAGACCUGAUUUAGAUCUGGCUUUGAUUUAGUUUAAUCCAGGUCCUGAUUCUGAUCAUGGUUAGAUCUGGUUUAGACCUGGUUUAGGCCUCAGUUAGACCUAGACUUGGUUUAGGACAACUUCCAGUUCAGACCUGAUUUAGACCUUGGUUUAGACGGGGACUAGACCUGGUUAUAUUUACUGAAUUAUUCCGGUCUUUCUGAAUCCCGACAGGAUGGUUUCGGUGUCACUGAAGUCCAGACUUUGUCCAUCCAUCCAGUGACUUCAGGAAAGUUUCAUGCUGCGUCCUCCCGGUGUCACAAGUUUCUCUCUCACUCCAAACUUUCAUGACUUGCAGCAGGACAGCGGCUCUUUCUGUAGGAGACAUGCGUAGGAAACUGACACACAAGACUAGAGCGCCCCCUCGUGGUCGCACCAGAGUAUAAGUCACAGGAAACACCCAAACCAUGAAAAAAGUGCGACUUAUAGUCCAGAAAAUACGGUAUCCAUCCUGAAUAUUUUAAGAAAAUUU